AUGAGACUCGUUAUUUUUCUUCUUUAUUGGACAUUUUAUAGCUCUGAAAUUUUCAUCAUUAACGCUGAAACUGAUCUUUCCUUGCUAACAACAAAUCAAAUUCAAACAUGGCUUAGAGCAGUUUCUCAAAUAAACAGUUCAACUCAAGAGCCACAUAUUAACAUUAUUCGCGGAGGUGAUGAGGUCGACAUUCCUUUAUACCGAUACGGAAAUCAUGUAAUUCCUCAAAAUCGUUAUUUAUUCAAACAAAAUAUAAACAAGCGUGUUGACUGUUAUUUGUAUGAGAAUGAAUUUAAUUCAUUGACCUCAUUCGAUUUCUAUGAUACAUGUCAUGGAACAUUAUCGUUAAAACAAGCACGAAGAGAACUAGCAGGUAUAUAUGUAUAUGCAGGGAACGAAACAAGUCUUGGUUUGGGAAUAAUUCAUGUUGAAACAACAAAUUCAUUUCAAUGGUUUAAUGGUACAAACUUUUAUUCAUUUGAUAAUCAAACAAAUUUAAAACAUGGUACACAACUUGUACUUGGCUUUGAAACAAUGCUCUAUUAUAAUGCAAAUAGUGAUUUAACAAGAUAUAAUACAAAAAUCAAUGAUAUUAUUCAACAAGCAAAUAUAUCUAUUGAAAAUCAUACCAGCAAUAAUCUUGAAAUGUUCAUGUCAAUGGAAGAUCUAUCUUGUCAGCGACAUCAACGAAUUAUUCAUGAAGAUUUACGUUCACUUAUUUUUGCUUGUACCAUUAAAGUUACAUUUAAAUGUUCACUUCAAGUCGGUUCGACUUGUUGGAUUGAAAAUAAGCAUAUAUCAAACAUACGUUUAAAUAUUAAUUCGUUUACUUUUAUCACCGAUCGAAAACUAUCUAUGCGAAUUGACGCUUAG